GUUUGUUUUAAUGUUAGUUUGAUUACUCUAAGCUUUUUUCUGAUACUGUCAAUAGCUGUCGACAUUAAAAACAGUCAUGACUUAUCAAGCUUCGCUAAAUUGGAUCCACUUUGCUUUCAUUUAAUUGGAUUUUCCAAGUGGAUCACCGGGUUGUUUCAUUUAAAUGAGAUCAAGGACUUAGUUUUGAGAAUGAAACGCUGUCACAAGCUUUGUUUGAAUUAUAAUGAAAACUAUCAGCAUUAUAAUACAAAAAUAAUAAAAUUUAACAAUUACAUGAAGAAAUUUACAUACUUAUGGCUGCUUAUUUGCGUCGGAGGAAUGAUCCAGUGGUGUUUCAAUCCAAUAAUCCAAGAUUUUCUCCUCGAACUUUUCGAAGAAAAAAAGAUCAAUUCUACUAGCUCAAGAACUUUGCCAUUUCCGGGAGCGUUUCCGUGGAUAAUUAACAGCACUCUAAAGUAUAUUUUGACAUUUACUUUUCAGUUUUUCAGUUCGCUUUCAACCGCUUUUGAAUUGGCGGUUUUUGACGUGCUGAAUGUCAUUCUUUUGGCGAACGUCUGCUUUAACUUCCAACAUUUGAAUGAAAUUUUGGCAAAAAAUCACGCGGAUAUCAUGAUCGUGAGAUUUUCUAGCAGCGACAAAUCGACUUUGAAGUUCAAAACAAAGCUGAGAAAUUGCAUUGUUCACCAUCAAGAAGUUUUGAUAUUUAUUGCAAAACUUAAAGAUGUUUUCAGCUACCCGAUGUUCAUAGUUUGUUUAGACAGCACAAUUGCAUUGUGCUUGGUGUCUUUUGAAGCGUCAACAAUUAAAAUUAAUUCAAGUGUGGAAAGCAUCACUAAAUUAAUAAAUAUGGUCCAAUACUGGAUAGGUAUUGUCACUGAAUUAUUUAUUUACUGUUUCCUUGCCACGAAAAUUGAAGACCUGGGUUUGAAAACAGCGGAUGCAAUUUAUGUGUGCAAUUGGGAACAAUCUAUGGUUAAUUAUCGCGACAAUUUUGUUGGAGAACACAGGGAUGAAAUUUUGGAAAUUAACCAGAUGGUUAAGUUUAGUAUCAUGCGAGCUCAAAAGCCUAUUAUCAUCAACGGAGGACUGUUUUAUGUUUUAUCUCUGCAAACUUUCAAAGCCCUCGUAGGACUUUCUUUGUCCAAUGCAAUUGUUCUCCGUCAACUUGCUGAAGAAACAUGA